AUUCUCUACAAUCUUCGCCCUUAACUUAUUCCAAAUGGCUACAUGUUUGACGGCUGAUUGUCUGUCAAAAAUUUUUUCAUAUUUUGAUGCGGAUCCGCAUUCUUUACAUUCAUUUCUUUUGGUAAACCGUCAUUGGUGUAUCAAUGCGGUACCAAUAUUAUGGCGACGUACUUUUUAUGUUACUGCACAUGGACAUUUUACGUCAAAAAGUAGAUGUAGAUUAAUAUCUACAUAUCUAUCUUGUUUAACAUCAGAUUCGCUGAAUUUAGAUGACAGUGUAUCAAUCACAUCUCAUAAAUCUGGUAGACGUGCAUCAUCAUCAAUAAUAACAAAAAACACCUCUCCUUCUACACAUCAAAUAUCACCAACAUUUGAUUAUGCAUCAUUUUUGCGUGGAUUUGAUUACUUUCAAGUCUAUCAUGCAAUUGGAAAUUGUUUUAUAAGAAAACAACGUAAUUUAAGUAAAUUUGUAUUAUGGGAUGGAACGAAAGAGCAAUUGCCAAAUGUCAUAAAAGCAUUAUCCGUUAAUUGUGGAAAAUUAAAAUAUUUGGAAUUUAGAUAUUGUGAUUUUGAAAAUUUAAGACCAUUGGAAUUACUUACUGAUGCUUGUUCAGAAUUAACCACUUUAAAAUUUAUUCAAUGUGGUGAAAUUUCAAGCUACGUCAUACCGUCAUCUUCAUUUUCAGAUUUAAAUGUUUUAGAUUUACAGGGAACUCAUUUUCCAGCCGAUACAUUAGAAACUCUUUUUAGUCGCGCAAAUAUUGACUUACGUUCAAUUAAUAUUGAAGCAAAUUCGCUUCGAUAUCCUCGUAUGAUAGAAAAGCUGGCUUCUUACUGCCCAUAUUUAACAAAAAUUUGUGUGAGAUUAUCCAAGGAUGGAAUGAGUCAACUUAAUUCUUUAUUUCGUUCUUGUACACGUUUAGAAACAAUAAUAGUACAAGGUCAACUUCCGGAUCGUCUUUAUACGUUUACACAGGAUUAUAAUGAUAAUUUAUUGAUUGAUCUCCGUGAAGUUAUACCCACUAGUUUGAAAAAAUUGGUG